AUGCAAAAAACAUGCAAAGCACAUGGAGGAAAGCCCAAGUGCAGCAUGCAAUGGAGGGAGGAAGAACUCUCCUGUGGAGAAUUUGAACCCCAGCAAACAGAAGGGAAUUUCAAACAAAGGCUGCUUCAGUCUCCUGAACAAUUUAAAGAGGACAUAGACUAUAGACAUUUUAAGCAUGAAGAAAUGACAAGAGAGGGAGAUGAGAUGAAAAAGUAUUUGGAAGAGAUAAAAGGUCUAAAAAAGAAAUUGAGGGCUCUGCAUUCUAACCAUAGACAUUCUUAG